AACCGCCGUGGAAGUUGCCAAAUGAAGAUAAACGCUGAUUGUAAUGGCGUCAGUCCCGGUACGUGGCUGGGCUCUCUGCGCCGUGUCUCUGCUAAACUUUGCGUUUGUUUUCAUAUCCGGUGCAGAGUUCAUGCGGUUUAUAUCAUUUCGAGCCAUUUACCACAACAUCACCGGGGAGACGACCCUGUGUCAAGACUCCAUACCGUGGUCGGUGGCCCUGCAGGACAGCUCUGUCCUCGGGGCUGUUGUUGUGGAUCUGGGGCUGCUUGCCCUCUUCACCACGCAACACAGUCUGCUCGCCUGGUCACCCGUCAAACAGGCCCUCCGGUCAGUGCUGGGGGCCCUGAACAGGACGGCAUACUGCUUCACCACUGCUCUGGCACUCCAGAUCUUGAUGCGGUACUGGCAGCCGGUGACUGGCGCCCCUUGUCUGUGGUCAGUGCGCCAUGCACCCUGGAGUAUCUGGUUCCCUGUGCUCUGCUUCACUCUGCACUUCCUCUGCUGGGCCAUCAUCUGCAGCAUCCUCAUGAUCUUCGAUUACCCAGAACUGCUGGGCAUCAAGCAGGUGUAUUACGAGUGUCUCGGUUUAGGAGACCCCCUGUCCCACAAGUCACCCCGUGCCCAACGCUUCCUGUCUCACCUCCGCCACCCGGUGUGCCUGGAGCUGGGCGUCGUGCUGUGGCUCCUGCCGGCCUUGUCCCUGGACAGGCUCCUGCUGGCGGGGACUCUGUCGACCUACCUGGCCCUGGCGCACUCUCUGGACAAGCAGGAUUUGGCCUACCUCUGUGUCCAGAUAAACAGCAAGAUGCAGCUCCUUGCCAGUCCACACCGGGGCGUCGCCAACACCACCGACGGGGAAAACGGCAACCACAAGGAGAAGUGAGGUGAAGAUCCUCUGACACAUGAGACGUGAAGCUGACUGCUGUCUUAGUAUUAACCGGAAAUAUUGUUCCAAAACUGACUACAACGGAGUCUCAGCGAUCCUCUGUGAGCCUGAGCCCUACUCUAAUGAAUAAGAACAAACACACCUGCUCUGGUCGUUUCUGCUAAUGGCAAAAUGACCACACUCGAACUGAAUUCUUUGAAACUUGACUCUAUUUUUUUGGCCCGCUGCAUAUUUGGUUUCAGAAAAGGCUUUUAUAACAAAAGGAGAACUUAUUCCGCCGUCUGAAAACACGAACACCUCCUCCACUACUGAGGACUAUCACAGUUUUCUAAAACAUUUCUGAGCCACCUUAAUGUUACGGUUAUAUUUUUUAUUGAUGUUUCUAGCUUCAGAAGAAAUUUGGGAGGAAAGUUUCAUCCAAAGUGGAUAUUUUGUGUAAUAUUUUGUGAAGCCCGAGCAAUAUCAGAUUUUUCAAGCUGAUGUUGAGAGAUUUGAGUUUAAAUAAUCCAAUAAGGACACAUGUAUCUGCCAAUAGUAUUUUGUUUACAUUAAAAUGAUGUAUAACAUAAAACAACAACUUGAUGUGGGUUGAAGUUUUUGUUUU